AUGGGAAAGUUGAUCUGUGAUUCAACGGCGUCAUCUCCGGUAAUCCCGUGGCGUGACCCCACCACUACCCCAUCUUCCUUAGACUCCGCCGCCACUGUCGCAGUCGGGGAGAUUAUCGAAAAGUCAACGCCGGUGCCGGAAAAUAUUACAUCUUGGGAAAAUGUGACGGGGUUAGAGGACCAGCAGAAGAAGCAUUUGACAAGGCUGUACAAUAAGGGAGUUUUGUGGAAGCACCCAGUGGACAAGAGCUUGAGUAUUGUGUUUAAACUUAGCCAUGGAGGGGAGGUGGAAGCGGAUGGGAAUUGUCUUUUCACGGCGGCGAGUAGAUCGAUGGGAGGUGGGGUGGCAGUAACGAUGACGGCGAGGGAACUAAGGAUGAGGUCUGUGAGGAGAUUCGUUGAGGAUCUGGCAGCGGCGGACGAGGCAACGAAAGGGAUUAUUGAAUCGGCGAUUCGGCACAUGUACGCGCCAGAUCUGAAGUCGGGUUGGGGGAUUCAUGUGGUUCAGGAGGUAAAAAUGUUAACGAAAAAACAAGAUCGAGAGGGUUUGGAAUCCUCCAUCGAUGAACUUAUUCAGAUCGGCAUGCAGAGAGAAUUAGCUGCUGAAUCCAUAUACAAAGAAAGAUGUAUAGCUGUGGAUGAUGGCCAAAGUUGGGCCAAGUACAUGUCAAUCUCUGGUUGCCCUGAUGAUGAAUAUGAUAUCAUCAGUUUGCAAUAUACUGAGGAGGGGUUAUUGACUGUAGAUGAGAAUAGAGAUGGCCAUGCAGCUGCUUUUGGCGAUGACAUUGCGAUAGAAUGUCUUGCAACCGAGUUCAAAAGGGAGAUAUUUGUGGUGCAAGCACAUGGAUCUGAUGCAAUGGUUGAUGAAGAAAAUUGUGUUUUCUUCUUACCGCAUUGUCCGAGAAGUGAAGUAUGUGAACCUCCCUUCUUUCUGUUCAUGAAAGGAACAGGAUGGUGUGGUGCUGGUGCUGAUCAUUACGAGCCUCUUAUUGCUAUUCCAUCAUCACUUGUUUCCCAGGAGAAAGUUGCUGUAGUACUUUAG